CCUGGUCAAUAUUCCAAUUGCGUGAUAUGUCACCAUCGUACUGUAACCAAAAAUAAGGAAAAAACAAGGAGAAAUCACGGAUAUGACAUUUAUAUCUGGCAAGUCCCUCCGCUAUUAAAAGCGAUUUGUUGAUUGACUAUCAAUGUGUUCCUGUAAGAUUUGUAAAAUUUGUAAAGUUUGUAUGUAACAUAGGAAUGGGGUUUGCUUGGCUCGUCCCGAUACUAUCGAGGUGGAUUUGUUUCAAUACUUAAGAUGGGCGGCCGACACUGCUUCCUGUUUGAUUCAAAUCCUGUUGGUUGAAUUGAUUCUGUCAAUAUAAUUCGAUUCGACCUUUGGGACGGACCUUUGAGACACUCGCUCAUCUGAUUUCUUCCAAUUGGCAAUAUGGAAGAUGUCAAAGACAAUACAUCGAGAAAGGUCGUCUCGGAUAGUGCAUCACAUAUCUCGGUGACUCAUGUUGGCCGUGAGAAUUUGGCCGAUGCACUUCCGCCUCAUGAAUCAUAUGAAGGAAGUCAUAGAUAUGAUCCAGCUGCCACAUGGACGGAAGCAGAGGAGAGAAGAGUCGUUCGCAAGACUGAUCUUUAUCUUUUGCUGUGGAUUUGCGUCAUGGUAAGAAUUCUCCCAUUCUGGUCAAUGUCUUGAUUAUUGAUUCGGAAUAUAGUUCUUCGGAUUGCAACUUGACAGAGGGAAUCUCUCCAAUGCUACAGCGGAUAAUCUUCUAAAGGAUUUAAAGCUCACUACCGACGACUAUAAUAAUGUAAGGUUUCCAUCUUACCCCGACUUAAAUGUUGGGUGCUUUCCGUACUUACAGUUUGAUAGGGUACUACAAUUCAAUUGUUGUGCUUUCUGGCAGCAGAAUUUCCUGUUCAGUUCCUCACCAAGCGUUAUGGAUUCAAAUACAUUCUCCCAAUCAUGAUGAUGCUUUGGGGUACCGUCUGUAAGUGAAGUGGACCGGAAGAAACCAUGAUUGGAGAGAAUAGCAAUACUGAUACUUCACAUUAGCAUGGACUCAGGCCUGGAUGCAUGAUCGUACAUCCUUCUAUAUCACCCGUGCCCUCAUUGGACUUUGUGAAGGUGGUUUCAUUCCUGGUACCAUCCUCUUUGCGACAUACUUCUACAAGUCAAAGGAACUAUCCGUUCGUCUUGCUUGUUUUUGGUCCACACUCAAUAUUGCCCGAGUAAUUUCGGCGCUACUUGCAGCUGGAAUCCUGACAAUGAGGGGAGUGGGUGGUAAACCAGGAUGGUUUUAUUUGUUCCUGAUUGAAGGACUUUUCACAUUUUUAAUUGGUGUUAUUGUAAGCUUCGUCCCAUGCUCCCCAGUUUCCCUGUGCUGGAUUAACAAGGAAAUGCAGAGUAUUUUGUAUCUUCCUCAAUCCCCGACGAAGACUUCCAGUGUUUUAUGCCGCAAAUCUUGGUAUACAGAGCGAGAGGAGAUAAUCAUGGUGAAUGUAAGUCAAUGAACUCCAGCUAAACACUUCGACACUAACAAAAUAGCGAAUCCUGCGUGACGAUCCAGCCAAAGGGCUUACAUCACUGCAAGAACCAGCCACAUUCAAAGACAUUCGCGAAGCAUGGAGUGACUCUUCCAUGUGGGGUCUUUAUUUCAUCGGUUUGGUAGCGUACAUUCCUGCGACGCCUGUUCAAUCUUAUAUUACGCUCACAUUGAGGCGUUUGGGAUAUACUACCUUCGACUCCAACAUGUUGACCAUCCCAUCUGCUGCCUUGCAAGUAAUCACUAUGCUUGUGCUUGCAUAUAGUAGUGACUUCUUUGAUGAACGUACAUUUCAUUGUAUUUUUGGAGAAUUCUGGAUACUGCCGCUACUUACGGCACUCUUGACAAUCCCCGAUGGCGGGAGGGACUGGAGUAGAUGGUCUUUGGUGACAUUAAUUUCUGGAUGUAAGUGCUUGGACGAAAUUCCCAUGUCUCAAGUUCCAAGUUCUAAUUUACUGACUUUAACCCAGAUCCCUACUUCCAUCCAAUCGUUUCUGCUUGGAUUUCAGAAAACACGUUCGAUGUGAAGAAGCGCGCAAUUACAGCGGCGACUUACAACGUUAUUGUUCAAGUUGGAUCAUUGAUCGGUUCUCAAAUCUACCGUUCAUAUGAUGCUCCAUAUUACAAACAAGGCAAUAAGGUCCUGAUUUCCAUUUGCGCAUUGGCGCUAGUGACAUUUGUGACACAAAGACAGUACUUGAUAGUGUUGAACAAGAGAAAGGAGAAGGUUUGGGAUCAAAUGACGGCUGAAGAAAAGGCUGCAUAUCAAAACGACAGUGAAGCAAGAGAGAAAGAUGGUAACAAAAGACUUGACUUUAGGUUCAAGUAUUGAUUUUGGAAGUCAAGAAAGAAGGGGGAUGGACUGAAUUAGAUGGAUGAGAUGAAUGAGAUGAGAUGAACCAAAAUGUAGUGUAAUGAAGUACCUAGUAUAUAUAUAUCAUAUAUAUAUCAUAUAUUAUAUAUCUAAUAUAUAUCAUAUAUCAUAUAUCUAGUUAUCUAUAGAGUAAUUACUGGCAGAUUCGUGAUAAUCUUGCAAACAUAAAUGUUUUUCAAUUAUUAUUAUUAGCUAAGGUAAGUACGA